GCCCGGACAACUCAGGUGCGCUUCAAGAUCGCGGAAGAUGGCAUCGGUCCUCCCGACAGCACAGCAUGUCCGUGGGUGGUACGGCAAUGCCACCAAGACCAUCGGAGUUGUAAAGAUCACCCGGCCGCGAGUGAAGAACUGCCUGAGCGCUCAAACGUACAACGAAUUGAGUGACCACCUGCAAUACUUCCAAGACGACGCCGACGUUCUCGCUGUAAUUCUCACCGCGGAUGGCGAUGAAUACUUUACAAGUGGAACCGACGUGCGUGAACUGGACCCACGUAGCGUACCAUCGCGGUCCCCUCCCCGUGUCUUCAUGCGCACAAUACUCAAUUUCACCAAAGUGCUCGUUGCUGCGGUCAACGGCCAUUCCAUCGGCAUCGGCGUGACCUUGCUGCUCUACUGCGACUUUGUCUUUGCUGCGCCACAUGCUACGUUCCGUACCCCUUUCAUGGGCCUCGGAAUCGUUCCAGAAUUCGGCUCAAGUGUCACUUUUCCUGCCUUGCUGGGAAAGGUUGCAACGAACGACUUGCUCCUUCGUGGAAAGACUCUGGAUGUCACCCGCGCGGUGGCGUUGGGCCUCGUGACCGAGGUUGUACCGGUGCAUGCCUUUCAAAGCUCCGUUGUAGCUCUGACGGAGGAGGUGACAAGCCAGCUCCACGCAAAACGUAGCUUAUUGCUGUUCAAAGACCAGAUCCAACGACUUCGGCCAUUGACCAAGCAGCAGAUCGUCGCUGCCAUCGAGGCGGAGUACGAAGAAAUCGACCAGCGGUUUCGGUCAGGUGAAAUUGUGGAGCUUGGUAUGGCAUACAUGGCUCGACUCAAGGCGAGCAAGCUUUAAGUCGUUGUGUCAAAUCUAACGAAAGCCACUUUGCUACAUGACUCCCGCGGCACAGCGUCGAUCGAUCGAUGUCAGGGAGGCGAGUCAUCCAACACGUUGUUUUGUCUGGAUGCGUCGUUCCGCUCCAUGGCAUGAGGAGAUCGUUCCGAAUGCUCCAUGCCAGUUAGGUGGGAUUUGAAUGCCACGAUGGUGUCCAAGUGACGCCAACGGACCAAGGGACGUCUGUGCUGCGCAGGACGUGGAGCUGUGCAAAGCCAUCACGCGUUGGAAGGCAGCACACAGGAUGCGAGGGCGUUGCCAGCUAAACUCUUAAUGGGUCGCGUACACGAGGUCUCGUCUACCGCAGUCGUCGCCAAUGGCGACUCUGCCGGUUUC